AUGCUGGUAGCCCAGCCUGGUGGGUCUGAGCUGCUGCCGCCACGUUUCAUGGGUCCCUCUCUGCGGAGAGGAGAGUCAGGGUUUCCUCCCACUGCAGUGCUGGAGGUUUCUGCUCCAGUUUUUGGAGGUGGAGGGAGGGGUUCUUCACCGUGUGGGGAACGAAUCGGGAGUUUCUUCGACAGCUGUCAUCGCAGGCUAAAUCUGGGUCCGGCCUCGCCGUGUCGUGCGAUUUUGUGCUAUGUGACAAUCAGCAGUGAUUUGUUUUCCCUUCUGGCAAUAAAGUGUGAUGGUGGCGGAGAAGCCAGCCGGAGGUCUGGCCUCUCCUUGCCAGGCACCACCUGGGUGAGUGAGAUCGUGGACCUGAUCCUGAAAGGCGGCGACCCUGAGAAAUGCAAGCAGGAAGCCAUCACCAACCGAGUGCCCAUGCUGGAGUUCGCUGCCCCUGAGAUGCUGGCAGGCACGGAGCUGCUGGUGCUGAUGCCGUCCCCGCGCAUCAUCAAGACCCACAUCCCAGCCCACCUCCUGCCUAAGUCCUUCUGGGAAAAGCGCUGCAAGAUGGUCUACGUGGCUCGCAACGCCAAGGACGUGGCUGUCUCUUUCUACCACUUUGACCUGAUGAACAAGCUGCAUCCGCACCCUGGCACCUGGGCCGAGUACCUGGAGGAGUUCAUGGCGGGCAGAGGUGGGCCAAGGGCAGCACCCAGAGACGCAGCCCCAGGAGGACAUGCGGGGGCAAGACAUGCUGCUGCAGGGUGCCUGGGUGCUGCCGUGUCC